UAUAUCCGGAGAAGCUUCAAAAAUAAAACGUAGAGUUUAAACACGCGCGCGCGCUCACGUCUCUGUUCUAAAAAUGCAUUAGUCUUGGCUCACGUCGGUUGAGUGUUCACCACCAUUUUAACGUCGGGAAAUUAUUUAUUAACGAAAAAUAAUAAGACACAUAUUCAAAAUAAAUAACGGCCAAAACUUAUAUUAUAUCGUUAUUUGAUUAUACCUCUGAUUUAAUUUUUUUGCGGUCGUGCUUAGUAAUUAAUUUUUUUGUGACAACGCGUAUUUAUUUAGGCAUUUAAAUGGCCCAGCUAAUAAAUUUGAAAUUAUCCAGGCACGAUCAAUCGUCUCCGUGGGGAUUUAGACUACAAGGAGGCAAAGAUUUUGGGACACCAUUGCUCAUUCAAAAGGUGAAUUUUGGAAGUUUAGCCGAGAAAUCUGGUCUUCAAGUAGGCGACGCCCUAGUCAGGGUCAAUAAUCAAGAUGUGUAUGACGUGAAGCACAAGGAUGCCCAAGAUGUUAUCCUGGGAGCUGGAAACGCUUUUGAAGUGACCAUACAACGUGGUGGAACCAGUACAUGGAAACCUUCAGUUACACCUGUUGGACCAAGUCCAGUGCCGAGUCGUCUGUCCCAAUCUCCACAAAUACUGACAAAAACGUCGUUGGCCAAAGUUGGACCACAAUCUCCUGCAUUUGGGUCUUCGCACAAUUCUGUUUCACGGCCAUACAGUGGAACUUCAUCGCCUAAAGUUAAUCCGAGUGGACACCAUAAUGAUUCUGGAACUGUUAAAGCUAUUGUAAAUAAACAGUACAACACACCAGUCGGUAUUUACAGCGAGGAGAACAUUGCCGAGACGCUUACAGCUCAAGCGGAAGUACUAGCUGGAGGAGUAUUAGGAGUCAAUUUUAAGAAAAACGAAAAGAAUUACGAAGCUAAUAAUAGCGAAGUGUUUAGAAUGGUACAAGAAGCUGAUAAAGAACCGAGGGAUUUAAAUACAGACCUACAAUCGAAAUUCGCAUAUUUCUCGGCUUCGAGCCAUGCGAUAGGGGGCCGUGCUACGUCACCACGCCCUAUGACACCUAUAGCAGCAAAUAUGCACAUGCCCGAACAACGGGAUCCAUAUUUGGGUUCUCCUUUGAAAGAAGUGGACAUGGAUAAUGAUAAACGUAUUGAGUGCAGCGACUGCAGAAACGAUGUUAUCGGUGUGUUCGUACGCAUCAAAGAUAAAAGUUUGCACGUUGAGUGCUUUAAAUGCGCCACUUGUGGAUCGUCUCUGAAAAAUGUGGGCUAUUUCAAUAUCAACAACAAAUUGUAUUGCGACAUUCACGCCAAAAUGGUUGCCAGACAAAAUCCACCGACACCAAAUUUGGAACCAGUUACCGUAGCACCCGGCUCAAAUCCACCUUUAGGAUCGUUCAAUAUAAUACCAACUAAGCCGAAGGACGUACAAUCCGUGCAAUCACCACAACCAAGUGCCUUAUCGCCAAUACCAUUCCACGCUCCAAAAGCUCCUAGUCACGUAAACGCCCCCAAACAGCAGACUCCGUCGAAAGUUUUUUCGAAUGCUAAACCAUACGAAGCACCAAAACAAACACCAACUCCUCCGAUGUUCUCUGGCGGAUACAACCAAAUUCAGACCGAUGAGUCUAAAAAUUCUGUUAACUCCCAACCAAGAUUACCUUUCUUAAAACCCAAAUCUUCGACUGGUUCUGCAUUUUGUCCUGUGGUUUCUAAACCAUUAAUUACUGACUCAAGUAUGUGUCCUACAUCGUGUGUCAAGGAUGUAAGUCGUACACUAAACCAAUGCAGACAAUCGUUAAGUGCUUCGAUAUCCACGCAAAUGUUGAUAGAGUCAUCUAAAGAAGAACAGUCUCAAUCACCAAUUCCAAAUAACUAUAAUAUAGAAACUUCUACUGUAGAAGUUCCUCAUGAAAUUCGGUCGCUAUUGCCACCAAAUAAUAAUGUCAGGUCCAUUUCACCUACUCAUUUGGUAAUAUUUCCCCCAGAAAUCCCACAGGAGUAUAGAAAUUACAGUAGGUCGAAAACCUCUACACCACAACCAAAGCAUGAAAUUAAUGAAGAAACCGAAUCACGCGGUUUAAUUAAUUCUACCAUUGAUCAAGUGGAAAGCACAAUUUCUCGAUCUACUGUUGAAUGUUUAGAAGUUGUAGAAUCUAAAUUUGUUCAAAACGUUGAAUCAAAUUAUGUUCAAAAUGUUGAAUCAAAUUAUGUUCAAAAUGUUGACGAACAUUGUAGUUUAAAACCCAAAAUACUUGACAUCGUACAAGAUCAACCGAUUUCUCAUAUAACUGUUACUGAACCUAAAGUUAAAUCGAAACAAUCGUUGGUUGUAACUGAAGAAAAUAGAUCAGAAUCACCUAUGCUCGCCGCACUUAAAACUGCUCCCGAGAGAAGUUAUUCUCCACUCCCUACCUUUGUGGACGCUUCAGAAUUUAUUACAAAGCCAAUAGAAAAUCCCGCAGAAGAAGAAAAACCAAUGACCAUGACAGAAGCGUUAGCAAUAGCUCCCGAUCGUAGUUAUAAAUUAACCGAAUCAAUUACAUCGUCAAGACAAGUAGGGAAUAACCCGGUUCGAUAUAUGCAUGGGUACAAUAAAAAAACCCCUGUGGCUCCUUUACUAAUGACAAGGUCGUUAAUAUAUUCACCUGCAUCAGCUGUUGAUUCAGAGGAAGAACAAAUAGCUAUUUUAGGAUUGAAAUCUUUCCCUCCCGUAUCGGACGAUCUAAAAUGGUCCACAGCAGCAGGGGAUUUCGACCGCACUGAAUCUAGUUUUGAAUAUGUAGAAGAAUUAGUUUUUGAUGAACCCAAACUUGAAGAGCCAAAAGAAGUAAUAAAUGAAGAAAUCGAUGAGGUAUCAGAACCAUCGAAGCCUUUACCGAGACAUCCGUUCACCGCUUCGGGUCUCCAUGAGCCAUUUGAUAUACCACGCUAUCAACAAAGUAUACCAGAAAAUCCUCAUCGAGCUACCCCCUCUGAAAAAUCUAAUGCAAAAUUAAUAGGUCCAGGAAUUCAAGAAAAAGUGUCUACAUUUACACCAAAGGCAUCUAUAAAAAAUACUUCGUUUUUAAAACAAGAAACUCACAUAAAUUCUAAAGUUGCUCCUGCCUUAGGUUAUGAGCCAUCAUCUUUAGAUGGAGGAUCAAACAAAUCUAAAAACGUUGAUCCCAAUGUCACGAAAUCGAGCAGUUCUGAACCCGGUUCGUCUAAUAGCACGUCUGUCGUUGCCACUCCAAAAUCCACUCCUUUACCCAAACCUUUUAAAGAGUCUAUUCCAUUAACACCAAAAAUUUCCAUUACUAGCGAAAACCCCGCAGAACCGGUCGCUCCUAUGCCUAAAUCAUCAUUACCUGCUGCAUUGUUAUCUAAAAAAUUAACAUGUCUUACAAAAAAACAACAACCUAAAUGUGUUCCAACACCUAUACCCAUACCCGAUAUAGGUGGUCAGCCGACGGGAAGAGCUGGUGCCUCAGCUGGUCUUACAGCACCCAGAAGGGGUCGUGGAGUGCUGAACCCACAAAAUUUAACCCCCGGUGCUAGGGUGCCGUUGUGUGGACAGUGCAAUUUGUACAUAAGAGGACCAUUUAUUACCGCUCUCGGCAAGAUUUGGUGUCCGGAACAUUUCGUGUGUACAAAUGAAAAGUGCAGACGUCCAUUACAGGACAUUGGUUUUGUGGAGGAAGACAACGGCUUAUAUUGCGAAUACUGUUUCGAGCAAUAUCUCGCUCCAGUGUGUUCCAAGUGCUCCAAGAAAAUCAAAGGGGAUUGCUUGAAUGCCAUUGGAAAACAAUUCCACCCAGAAUGUUUCAACUGUACAUACUGCGGCAAACUUUUCGGUAACAGCCCGUUCUUUUUGGAAGAUAGUCUUCCAUAUUGUGAAAAUGAUUGGAAUGAAUUGUUCACGACUAAGUGCAUAGCUUGUGGUUUUCCGAUUGAGGCUGGUGACCGUUGGGUUGAAGCUUUAAAUAGCAAUUAUCAUAGUCCGUGCUUCAAUUGCUCGAAAUGUAAGAUAAAUUUGGAAGGCCAGAGUUUCUAUGCGAAAGGAGGAAGGCCUUAUUGCAAAAGCCACGCACGCUAAUAUCGAAUAUAUACAUCAAUUGACCAUUGUGAAUAAUUAUUGAUAACUUACCAAACAAUUUUUAUUGACGUAUACAACCAUUACAUUUUAAACCAUUUAUUUAUUUUCUAGUUUAGUUUUAGCUUGAAUAAUCCAUACAUUUUUAGACUUAGACAAUGCUUAUUUUAAAUCUAUUAACAAAAUUGUACCAAAAAUUUGUUUAUGCAUAAAUUUAAUCAUUUAUUUAUUAAUUAUUACUUAUUAGUUAUUAUGUAGAUACCAAUAAAUCUGUAUUUAGGUAAACACAUUACAAUUCAAAGUUAUAUAACAUUUUUUUUUAGAAUAACAUAUCAAGCGACAUACAUAUAGUUUUGGUAGGUACUCAGUACUUACCUAUUACCAGCUAAUAACCUUAUAUUUUGUAAUCCAGUAGGUUAUUUAAUGUAAAUCGAAUAUUUCUUUAUUUGUCAAAAAUGUUUUGUUGUAGGUAAUGUCGUAAUGAAUUUAAUUAAACUACGGUAUUAUAUUUUUGAGCCAUUUAAGUAUACCGACAAAACUGUAUGCAGUCUAUAUAUAGCUUGUUAUGUGUGUUACCCUUACCUAAUGAAUUAUUUAAAUAAUAAUUGUAAUAUUUUUAUUUGGCUUUUACCUAAACAAAAUACAUGUUACCCAUCUUCAAUAUUAUAUAUUAUAAAUAGCUCCUAGGUAUCUACCUAUUUAAUUA